GAGUAAGUCUAGGUACGAGUUACUAAUUCACAAAAUGUCGGAGUGGGAGGAUUUCCUAAACAAAAGCAGACAAAUUGUUUCUUCUGGAACGUGUGAGAAAUUAUUUGAUGACAACUAUUAUGUUUUUGACGUUAUUAAGCUGUUAUAUAAGGAAACUGCGGAUGAAAAAACAAAAUUGGAGCAGUUGGUUUUAAUAGAAGAAUUUAGUCAGCAGGCAGGCGUCCAGAGUUCAAACAUUGACCAAAUUGUGGAGUCGCUGCUAGAUGUGUUUCAUCAGUUGAUAAAGAGAGGCAGAGAUGUCAAUGUUUCCUGCCAGAUUCUUACAACUUUAACUACAAUACUUGUUCUCUAUGACCAGUUGGAAACAGAGACUUGUCAGUCUGUUGUACAGACUCUUCUUGCCAUUGUUUGUAAUGGUAUUAACAUGACAGAAAAUCGGCCUCUACGUUCCACUGCUUGUCAAUGCCUACUGCAGUUAGAGGAUAGCAAAGCAGGAUUGCUAUGGAAGGAGAAGGACUCGCUGAUAAAGUUAAUGAGACAGGAAAGAACAAGUGUGUAUGAAGAUUAUGUGAUGUUAGUCACACAAAUUCUUCAGAAUGGAAUCAGUGCCCCUGAUGAUAUUAGAUCAGAGGACAGGGAGGUGGACAGAGUUGUGGCCCAUGAUUCCUCUGAGUACAGGCAGCUGGUGUCCCAGAUAAUGGACAAUACCUCACUCUUCUCCCAGGGAGGACUGUGGCACAUUGUGCUAGAUCUUGUGAAUAUUGUAAAGAAUUUCCAUGAAAUUUCUGCCACUAUUUUUAAACCCAUGAUGCUUCAUCACAUGUCAACAUUUGAUACACCAUUACUUCACUUAGUGGUAUUUAUACAGAAUGAGUUUGAGAAGGAGGUUCUGACUGAUAUUGAGGAGAGACAGCUUCAAAACAGAAUACUGGCAGGGCUGAAUCACCCCUCCCUUACCCCAGCCCAGAGACUUUUCUACUGUCACUGGAUAGAGAGCUUAUCCAAUGUGGAGUUGGAUAAACACGAGUCUUGCAUCAGAAUUAAAGAUGACCAGCAGCUUGUCUUUUUCCCCAGUGCUUUUGAUCCCAUUGACUGCCAACUUGCCAAGCUGGCACUUCUAAAUUUCUGUUUUCCAUCACUGGUAAAAGAGGAAAAUGGUCAGGCUGCUGCCAUGUUGUUAGGUGAAGUGGGAUAUCUACAUAAAUUGGUCUGGCACACUGGAAGUCAGAGGGCUGCUAAAGCUUUGUUUCGAGCUUUAUUUUCAAUGUAUCGACGCCACUGCAGCAAGUCUUUUUCCCAAGAUAUCAACAGAUUUUUGCGUGGACUGAUAUCCGGGUUCCCAUUCUUUAUUCCUCAGGCUUUGGAUUUUAUAGAGAGCUUAAGGGAGAUGACUCCUGAAAGUCCUGUUUAUUUGGAGAUUCUGCAACUUCUUCAUCAACAAGUUAUUAAUACCCCUCAGCAACAGGCUGCACAAUAUUGCUAUUUUUACCUGCAAGUAUUAAAGAGGGCAUCCCUGCAGUCAGAAAUAGUACCACAGGGUACUGUGAGGUUCCUGUCUUACCUAGCGGAAAAUUCCCUCAGUGUAGAUGAAGGAAGCUGGAAAUUAGGGAUUGCCAUUUUAUCUGUCUGUCAAAACAUCUUAGUAUGCCAUGGAACAAGAGACCUGUAUGUAGAGAUGGGGGACUUGUUGUUUUACUUAAUGACACACUACAGAGACACAGACAUCAGGGACAAAGCCAGGUUCUACUAUAUGUUAAUCACAUCAGCCACAGAUGAAAAGAUAUGCAUGAUUAUACAACCUACUACUGAUUCACACUUUUUCCAUACUGAAGCCAUUUCUACUCUCCUUCCUAACAACAAGGCAAAAGGACACAGUAAUGUUAAAGAACUUGAAAAAUCUAUCUUGAGCCUAGAAAAAUUGAAGGUUCAAGCUGAAACAUUUUUUGAUGAUCAAUAUCAAGAUGCAGACAAUACGAGCUCAUCAAUUUGUGAUUUAAAGACCUACUACAGUGUCCUAAAGAAAUACAAAACAGUAUUAAAAACAGUCCACAGACUCAGAAUGACAGGAAGUCCCCAGGAAGUUCUAGCCCUGUGUGUAUACUUUGAAGAAGAUCCUAAUUGCCAGCCUUUAAAAGAAAUAAGAUUCUCUAAAAUCGAUGCACAAGUGAAUUAUGAAUUUGAUGUUGAUAUCGUACCUAAAAUUCCACUUUCAACAAGAAUAGUUACAAGGUGUGAAUUUGUUGAUGAUAAUCAAACCUUUAGAUGUCAGUUGGCUGAUACAGCUAUCUCCACAGAGGACUUGAUCAUGCCCCUACCGAUAGAGAUUGUGUCCACAGGGGACAGGGAAAAAGACUUCCACACCCUGUGGGACUGGAUGGAAGAAGACACUAAAAAAGAUGGGUCUUCUUGUGUCGAAUCUGUGACAACUGUACAGAAAUCCUUGGAAGACUUUCUUUCUUCUGUGAGACCAUGUUUGAAAUGCUGUCAAAUUUCUGCAAGUGCAAAGUGUGUAAAGUAUGGAAUGUUCCUACCUCCGAGUUAUCAUCUUUUGAUGAAAGUGACUUCUCAGCGGGACUAUGUUGUAGUGAGAUUAAUGACAGACUUCUACCAGAGCUUAUUGUAUAUCAGAGAGGUAGUCUGAAACCGUUUGAUAAAUGAGAAAAAAUUGAAAUCUAUAUUUGUAAAUUUAACAUUAUAUCAUUCAUCAUUUAUUGUAUUUCCCCUCAAGAACUUUGAAUGUUAUAGAUAUAAGAUGAACUCACAUCUAUUCUGUCUUACCCAGUCAUGGUUUAUGAAUGUUACCGCAUGUAUUUGAUUGAAUAACAAGCAAAUUGUCAAUUUGUUUUGUAUAUUUUGUGCAUUUGCAAUGUGUUUACAUUCAAUUGUUUUUCUUGCAGCUUUUAAACUAAUUCACUAGUGAGGGAACUAAAAUAAUUCAUGUCUGGAAUACAAUUGUUUUUAUCUUUUAUCAAUUCACAAUAUUUUGCUUAAUGUUGAUUAUACUAUCCUGUGGAUGAAAGUCAAAGCUCCCGCACUGUGUGUGAGGUAAAAAAUUGUCUGUUACUUGAAGAAAAUUUAUAUUUCAUUAUUUUCAGGGAAUUUUGCCCUUUAAAACUAAGAAGCUUUGGUCAUUAAAAAUAUGUUA